AUGGGUGAGAUGGCGGUGGGGACCCAGUAUCGUCAGCCAGCGUCCGCCGAGUUCAGCUGGCAGCAGGCGCUUACUCGAAUUGAUCGCGAGAGUGUGUGUUCGAGCCCCCUUUUGUUCGUCCUGCUCACGCUCCUGGUGCUCCUUCUGGGCUGCGACCGAUUCGGGGCUUCCAGGCUUUUUGUUUCGUGCCGACGCCGAGGCGAUAUCAGCGUCAAUCUCGGCCCCCUCGGCCGCCGGGUAGUUCGCGUCGAGAAGGGGUGGCGCCCAUCACCGUGCCUAGCAUGCAUGUACUGGUGUCCCCACAAGCAGCGCGCGCUGGUGGGGGAAGUUUUUUUUUCGCCGCCAUUCAGGCGCUGCUCUCUCGUGCUUUCCCUCGCGCCGUGGAUCGCUCGGACAGCGCCCCAGCGGUCUUGCUUGUUUGGCCGUCGUCCCGCGCAGUUGUGUAGCAGGUAG